AUGCCUUCCCCAUUCCCGAUCGAUGCACCAAACAGCACUGGUAUUUCGAACUCGUCACCGCCAGCAUCGUCGAUAGGCGGAUUCGGCAGCGGAAGUGGACUCGAUCAGGGUUCUCAAGCUGGUUCAAGGAAUCAAUUCCCAAGUUCCUCACAACCCCAUGGUACUACUGCUAAUCCAGCAGGUACAUCUUCCCUGUUUAGCUCCCAAAACACGUUUGGCGAUGCACGAUCAGGUGAAAUAGAUGGCGAUAUACCAUUACCUACCUUAAGAAGAAGAGCAAUUAAUCAUGUCCAAAAAGUGGAUGAUGUUACUGGUGAGAAAGUGCGUGAAGCUUUCGAAGAAUUUUUAGAGGCUUUUUCAAUUGCAAAUUCAGAAACCGGGGAACUUGAAAGGGUUUAUAUUGCUCAAAUAGAAUUCAUGAAAGUUUAUGAUUUGAGUACCAUUUAUAUUGACUACAAGCAUCUUUUCAUGAGAGAAAAUGGAGCACUAGCAAUGGCAAUAUCAGAACAAUAUUAUAGAUUUCUUCCUUUCUUAUUAAAGGGUUUAAGAAGCGUGAUCAGGGAAUAUGAACCGGAUUUAUUGAUAUCAGCGGACUCUAUUAGCGAUAACCGGAACGACCAAGAUACUCAGGCGCCAACUGAUUCUUUGGAUAAUGCAUCCUCAGCAGUACGCCCCGAAGCAGACACAAUCAAUGCCACCGGUUCUGCAACGGGUAGUUCCAUAGAACAAACAGAGCGUCUGUUUCAAAUAAGCUUCUUCAAUUUAUCAACAGUACAUAGAAUAAGAGAUAUCAGAUCGGAAAAGAUAGGGUCAUUACUGAGCAUUUCCGGUACCGUAACGCGAACAUCAGAAGUUCGUCCAGAACUUUUCAGGGCAAGUUUUACAUGCAAUAUGUGUCGUGCGGUAAUUGAUAAUGUUGAACAAGCUUUCAAAUACACUGAACCGACCAUGUGUCCCAAUUUGGCUUGUGAGAAUAGAGCUUUCUGGACUCUAAAUGUUGCGAGAUCUAAGUUUUUAGACUGGCAAAAAGUAAGAAUUCAGGAGAAUGCGAACGAAAUUCCAACAGGUUCAAUGCCACGUACCAUAGAUGUUAUCCUAAGAGGUGACUGUGUUGAGAGGGCUAAACCUGGUGAUCGUUGCAAAUUCACAGGGACUGAAAUUGUGGUUCCCAACGUCGCUCAACUUGGCUUGCCUGGCAUAAAGCCUAGCUCGAGUCUCGAUACAAGAGGAAUAGCGCGAUCCUCCGAGGGUUUGAAUAGUGGAGUAACAGGGCUUCGAUCACUAGGUGUUCGAGAUUUGACUUACUCCAUCAGUUUUUUAGCAUGUCAUGUUGUUAGUAUAGGAUCAAAUUCUGUUGAGAAAAAUAGAUCUGAAGAGGCUGAUUACGAGGACAGUAUGCAUUUAUCUACAACUUUACAAACCUCAAAUGUUUAUCAAGAUGAUGAAAGAGAUCAAGAAGUUUUCUUAAACAGUUUGAACUCAAACGAGAUUGAUCAACUUAAGGAAAUGGUUAAAGACGAACAAAUCUACGACAAAUUGGUAAGGUCAAUUGCGCCAGCAGUUUUUGGUCACGAAGCAGUCAAAAAAGGUAUACUAUUACAAAUGCUUGGUGGUGUCCAUAAAACAACUGUCGAAGGUAUAAAAUUAAGAGGUGACAUAAAUAUCUGUGUCGUUGGUGAUCCAUCUACCUCAAAGUCUCAAUUUUUGAAAUAUGUUACAAGUUUUGCAACAAGGUCAGUUUAUACCUCUGGUAAGGCUUCGUCAGCUGCAGGUCUUACAGCCGCAGUUGUGAGAGACGAAGAAGGUGGUGAUUAUACAAUCGAAGCAGGUGCUCUUAUGUUGGCAGACAACGGUAUUUGUUGUAUUGAUGAGUUCGACAAGAUGGAUAUAUCUGAUCAAGUUGCCAUUCAUGAAGCCAUGGAACAGCAAACUAUUUCUAUCGCUAAGGCUGGUAUUCACGCAACGUUGAAUGCAAGAACUUCCAUCCUAGCUGCUGCAAAUCCUGUUGGCGGCAGGUAUAACAGAAAAUUAUCAUUAAGAGGCAACUUGAAUAUGACUGCUCCAAUCAUGUCAAGAUUUGAUCUUUUCUUUGUUAUAUUAGACGAUUGCAAUGAAAAAAUUGACACCGAAUUGGCAUCUCAUAUCGUUGACUUACAUAUGAAAAGAGAUGACGCAAUAGAUCCACCAUUUAGCGCGGAGCAACUGCGCCGUUAUAUCAGAUAUGCUAGGACUUUCAAACCAACGUUAACCAAGGGCGCGAGACAAUUUUUGAUUUCAAGGUAUAGAGAACUAAGGGCAGAUGAUGCCCAGGGCUACAGUAGAUCCAGUUACAGAAUCACCGUAAGACAGUUGGAGAGUAUGAUAAGAUUAUCAGAAGCAAUCGCGAGAGCCUACUGUGUUGAUGAAAUAACCCCAGCCUUCGUCGCUGAAGCUUACGAUUUGUUGCGACAGAGUAUCAUUCGUGUGGACGUCGAUGACAUCGAGAUCGAUGACGAAGCAUCGGAAACGACUCAAGGUGCCGGAGACUCAAAUGACCAAGAUCAGGGGCAGGCACCCGCACCUGAACAACAACAGGAAAGGGCACAUAUAGACGUGUUGAGGCCAAAGACAAAGACAACAGUCUCGUAUGAGAAAUACGUUUCGUUAAUGAAUUUGAUCGUGCAAAAAAUCGCCCAAGCUGAACGCGAGAACGGCAAAGAGCUUACCGCAACCGAUAUCAUAGAUUGGUACCUGCUGCAACGAGAGUACGAUUUAGAUUCGGAGGAAGAAUACUGGCAGGAAAGAAAACUAGCCUUCAAAGUGCUGAAAAGACUGGUAAAAGACAGAAUCUUAAUGGAAAUUCAUGGCACUAGAACUCAUCUUUCAGACCCCCUAGAUACCGACGCGGAUCCACAUGCACCGCAGGGGGACAAGAUAGUCUACGUGAUACAUCCAAACUGCGAAAUGCUCGAGACACUGGACAACCAAAUAGCCGCAUCUCAAUCAUCAUCGCCAUCACCACCACCGCCGCAACCGCACGGCGAAGAAUGA